GGUUCUGUCUCUCACUUUAUAUUUGCUUAUCUCCCUCUCUCGCUCUGUCUGUCUCUCGCUCUCUCUCCAACAGGUGUCUGAACCGUGGAGGAGUGAGUGAACGAGCGAGAGAGAGAGAGAGAGUGGAGAAGAGAAGUCGAGCAGGAUGCAGACCAUAAAGUGUGUGGUGGUGGGCGACGGCGCCGUGGGCAAGACGUGCCUGCUGAUCUCCUACACGACCAACGCCUUCCCGGAGGAAUACAUCCCCACCGUCUUCGACAACUACAGCGCCCAGAUGAGCGUAGACGGCCGCACGGUCAGCCUCAACCUUUGGGACACGGCUGGCCAAGAGGAGUACGACCGUCUGCGCACACUCUCCUACCCGCAGACCAACGUCUUCGUCAUCUGCUUCUCGAUUGGCAGCCCGUCGUCGCAUGCCAACGUGCGGCACAAGUGGCACCCGGAGGUGUCCCAUCACUGCCCCAGCGUGCCCGUGUUGCUCGUGGGCACCAAGAAGGAUCUGCGCCACGACCCGGACACCCUCUCCCGGCUGAAGGAGCAAGGCCUGGCGCCAACCACGCAGCAGCAAGGUGGCGCCCUGGCCAAGCAGAUCGGCGCCGUCAAGUACCUGGAAUGCUCGGCACUCAAACAGGAAGGCGUGCGGGAGGUGUUCGCCGAGGCCGUGAGAGCGGUCCUCUACCCCAACGUUAAGAAGAACAGCAAGAAGUGUGUGCUACUAUAGUUUUGUCAUAAGGAAAAGGAGGUGUUGCGGGG